ACCGCGACAUCAACUACUACUGAAACGACUACAACUCCCACGACAACCGGCACCACCACCACGCCGACCACUGCCGCGGUGUCAACCACUACCGCAACGUCAACUACUACUGCAACGACUACAACUUCCACGACAAGCAAAACCACCACCACGCCGACCACUGCCGCGGCGUCACCCACUACCGCGACGUCAACUACUACUGCAACGACAAUAAUUCCCAAAACAACCGAAACCACCACCACACCGACCACUACAGCGACGUCAACUACUACUGAAAUGACUACCGAAACCAUCACCACGCCGUUCACUGCCGCGGUGUCACCCACUACCGUGACGUCAACUAUUACUGCAACGACUACAACACCCACGACAACCGACACCACCACCAAGCCGACCACUGCCGCGGCGUCACCCACUACCCCGACGUCAACUACUACUGCAACGACUACAUCUCAAACGACAACCGAAACCACCACCACGCCGACCACUUCCGCGCCGUCAACCAUUACUGCAACGACUACAACUCCCACGACAACCGAAAGCACUACCACGCCGACCACUGCCGCGACAUCAACUACUACUGCAACGACUACACCUCCCUCGACAACCGAAACCACCACCACGCCGACCACUGCCGCGAUGUCAACAGCUACAGCAAAGAAAACAACUCCCUCGACAACCGAAAGCAUAACCAUGCCGACCACUACCGCGCCGUCAGCUACAACUGAAACGACAACUCUCAAAACAACCGAUAGCACAACCACGCCGACCACUGCCGCGACAUCAACGACUACUGCAACGACUACCUCUCCCACGACAACCGAUAGCACCACCACGCCGACCAGUACCGCGACAUCAACGACUACUGCAACGACGACAACUCCAACGACGACAGAAACCACCACCACAACGACCAUUUCCGUGGCCUCAGCUUCUUCUGCAACAACGUCAACUCCCACGACAACCGGAACCACCACCGCGCCGACCACUGCCGCGGCAUCAACUACUACUGCAACGACAACAACUCCCACGACAACCGAAAGCAUAACCAUGCCGACCACUACCGCGCCGUCAGCUACAACUGAAACGACAACUCUCAAAACAACCGAUAGCACAACCACGCCGACCACUGCCGCGGCGUCAAGCACUUCCACGAUGUCAAGUACUACUGCAAUGACUCCAACUCCCUCGACAACCGAUAGCACAACCACGCCGACCAGUACCGCGACAUCAACGACUACUGCAACGACUACAUCUCCCACGACAACCGAUAGCACCACCACGCCGACCACAACUGCAACGUCAACUACUACUGCAACGACGACAACUCCAACGACGACAGAAACCACCACCACAACGACCAUUUCCGUGGCCUCAGCUUCUUCUGCAACAACGUCAACUCCCACGACAACCGGAACCACCACCGCGCCGACCACUGCCGCGGCAUCAACUACUACUGCAACGACAACAACUCCCACGACAACCGAAACAACCACCACGCAGACCACUUCCGCGGCGUCAAGCACUGCCGCGGCAUCAACUACUACUGCAACGACUACAACUCCCACGACAAGCAAAACAACCACCACGCCGACCACUACCGUGGCGUCAUCUACUACUGCAAUGACUACAACUCCCACGACAAAUGAAAGCAGAACCACGCCGACCACUAGCGUGGUGUCAACUACUCCUGAAACGACAACAACUCCCACGACAACCGAUACCACCACCACGCCGACCACUGCCGCGACGUCAAUUACUACUGAAAUGACUACCGAAACCACCACCACGCCGACCACUGCCGCGGCGUCAACUACUACUGCGACGUCAACUACUACUGAAACGACUACAACUCCCAUGACAACCGAAACCACAACCACGCCGACCACUGCCGCGACGUCAAUUGCUACUGAAAUGACUACCGAAAGCAUAACCACGCCGACCACUGCCGCGACGUCAACUACUACUGCGACGUCAACUACUACUGAAACGACUACAACUCCCAUGACAACCGAAACCAACACGCCGACCAGUUCCGCGACAUCAACUAUUACUGCAAUGACUACAACUCCCACGACAACCGAAACCACCACCACGCCGACCACUGUCGCGGCAUUAACCACUUCCGCGACAUUAACUACUACUGCAACGACUACAACUCCCUCGACAACCGAAACCACUACCACGCCGACCACUGUCGCGGCAUUAACCACUUCCGCGACAUUAACUACUACUGCAAUGACUACAACUCCCUCGACAACCGAUAGCACAACCACGCCGACCAGUACCGCGACAUCAACGACUACUGCAACGACUACAUCUCCCACGAGAACCGAUAGCACCACCACGCCGACCACAACUGCAACGUCAACUACUACUGCAACGACGACAACUCCAACGACGACAGAAACCACCACCACAAUGACCAUUUCCAUGGCCUCAGCUUCUACUGCAACAACGUCAACUCCCACGACAACCGGAACCACCACUGCGCCGACCACUGCCGCGGCAUCAACUACUACUGCAACGACAACAACUCCCACGACAACCGAAAGCAUAACCACGCCGACCACUACCGCGACAUCAACUACUACUGAAACGACAACUCCCACGACAACCGACACCACCACUGCGCCGACCACUGCCGUGGCAUUAACCACUUCCGCGACAUCAACUACUACUGCAAUGACUACAACUCCCACGACAACCGAAACCACCACCACGCCGACCACUGUCGCGGCAUUAACCACUUCCGCGACAUUAACUACUACUGCAACGACUACAACUCCCACGACAACCGAAACCACCACCACGCCGACCACUGUCGCGGCAUUAACCACUUCCGCGACAUUAACUACUACUGCAACGACUACAACACCCACGACAACUGAAAGCACAACCACUCCGACCACCACCGUGACGUCAACUUCUACUGAAACGACUACAACUCCAAAGGCAUUUGAAACCAUAACCACUCUGAUCACAACAUUUAUAUCAGGUACUACAGAAAUGACUACAACGACAAGGACAACCGAAACCACAACCACUCCGACCACUACCACGACGUCAACUUCUACUGAAAUGAUUAAAACUCCUAAGUCAAUUGAAACCACAACCAUUCCGACUGAAAACAGUACUCCUCCGACCACUGCCACGUCAUCUAAAACUGAAACCAGCAGCACUCUGAUCACUACUGCAACAUCACCUACAACUGCAUCAUCAGCAAUGCUUCCAGCAUUGACAACAACUCCGACCACUACAGUUACACCAACAACAGUUUCCAUGGCCCAGGAAACCAUAACUGCCUUAACUGCUCUGACAAAUGCAGCAGCAGGUGCAAAUUCUGUAGCCACAAGUUUCUCUGGAUUUACAAGUGCUGCAUCCACAUAUAUAGUGACAAAACUGCCAUCAGAUGCAGUGCAGACGACAAAUAUGUUAACAGCUACUCUUGCCCCAGAAACAGCAUCCUCCACAAGAUCUCAAACCCAGGGAUCAGCGCGUCUCGUCAUCCUCCUGACUUGCAACUCUUUCAACUUUUAA